CGUUUUCCUGUUUUUUUCGACGCUCUAGAAGGAGUCUGGGUUUGGUUUGGAGAAUACUGUGGUGCUCGAAUAGAAAGAGAAAGAAGAGGAUUUGGUUUCGACAACACCCAAUUUGUGGUUUUGGUGGGUUUGGCGAGAGUGAGGAUUGCAGGGGUUUGGUUUAUCUUUUUCUUUGGAAUUCCAGUGAUUGAUUGGAAAGGUUUGCAAGUUAGGAGGUUCUUCCUCCACCGUUGGAUGCCACUUCCAACCCACUUUCUCUCUUUGAUGUCACUACGAGUAAACAAGCAAAAGAUUGGUUUUACAUGUCUCAUUUGGAGUAGCAAGACUGAGUUGGGUUAGAUUCCUUGACCAAAUCAAUGAGCAGUUUCAUCAUAAUCUACACAAGAAAAAAAAAACUAGAGAGGGACAGACACAAGAUCAGUAUUGGCGAUUGUGCUCUUUUCAAACCUCCCCAAAAUUCCCCAUAAUUCAGAUGAGGCCUUGUAUUGUCUCUGCCCGUAGCAUCAACUCUUUUCUGCAAUCAGCUAAACAGUCCCACUAUCAAAAAAUCAUCUCCAACAGCAAUGGGGAACCCAGAUACAUGGCGUUGCCAGAAUUGCGGCAAUGUGGGAAUGGAAGAUGGCGAUGAUGGCUUCUUCUAUUGCACCCAGUGCAACUCACAAGCCGAGGACUUCAUGGACACCGGCGUGGCGGAUGAGGACUUCCUCGACCAGACUGGCAACCCAUUUGGAGGCCUCUACUCUGCUCGUCACACCCGUCGCAUUAACAGCUCUGUUGUCAAACCGGAGCCCCUCUCUGAACCCUUAGAUGACUUGUCACCUCAUUAUCAGCUGUUUAGUCAAAGCCAAGCCAAAACAGCAGAUCAGGAUCCCACAGGGAUCGAGGAUUUUUCAUUUGAUGGGAGAAAGAAUGAGGACUAUUACGGAUGGAUUAGGCUUAGGUAUGUGAUGGGAUUGCAACGGAUGAUUGAGCUCCAAUGUGAGGCUUUGGUCUUGGAGUUAAAGGUAAAUCCCUUGAUAUGUGGUUUGGCUGGGACCAUUUGGCUCCGCUUCUUGGCUGGGACUCAGGUUUUCAAUGAUGAUUGUGCUGACCAGAUCUUUGACUUCAAUGAGUCUGAGAUCCGCCAACAAGGAGAACCACCUGAAAAAUUGAAGAUGCCUUCUAGAAGCCAUGCACAACAUCAUGCAAAGUAUGACCCUCAAGCAGUGAAGGUGUGGUUUAGGUCCUUGAAGAAGAUUAUACCACUAUCUUAUACUCUAGCUGUUUCUUUUCUGGCUUGUCAUCUUGCCAGGGAAGCAGUACUGCCAACUGACAUGGUAAAAUGGUCUCUAGAAGGAAAGCUCCCAUAUUUUGCUGCUUUUCUUGAACUUGAAAAUGAUCUGAAACAGUUUGGACAGCCUUCACGUGCCUGCCCAAUAAGUUCAAGCUUGAUGUUUAGGCCUUCUGAAUCAGUUCCAGUGCAGAAGCUAGAAUCACUAGCAGCAUCUGUUGCUGGGUCCAUAUGCUUGGACUUACCUCCAGUCAAUUUCUAUGCUAUCGCUUCCCGCUUUCUAAAUAAGUUAUCUCUUCCAGUUGAAAAGAUUCUCCCUCAUGCGUGCCGCAUAUAUGAGUGGUCAAUGCCUCCAGAGUUAUGGUUAUCUACAAAUGAGUUGAGGCUUCCAACUCGUGUUUGUGUGAUGUCAAUACUGAUUGUAGCUGUGAGAAUUCUUUAUAAUAUUCAUGGUUUUGGAGAGUGGGAAAGAAGUUUGUCCAGUCGUCAUGCUUCAUCUUCCACAUCUAACAAUUGUGGGGAUGAGGACCCCAGAUCCAGUUGCGAAAUGAAGGAUGAUGCUGAUAAGGAUUCAGAUAAUCUGCCUCACAGUAACGAUGAUUCGGAUACAAACUUUGUUAGAAACUUAUCGCGUGCAUGUAACUGUAAGUUGGAUACUGCAGAACUUUUGGCCAACCUUGAAGCAAGAUAUAAAGAAAUUGCUGAUGACUAUGAAUAUUGCAAGGACUUGCCAACAUAUCUCCAGUUCUGCAAGGAUACAGUCUUUGCUAGAUCAGAACCAUCGCGUAAGGAUGCCAAGGAAGAAAAGUUAAUUGAAUCUUUAUGGAACUUCUAUCAAAGUGGAAAGGGUUCUGAUACAGCAGUGGAACAAGGAUUGCAUUGUGGUAGAACUGAUGACCAGAAAAGACGAAGGUAUAAUGAAGAAUGCACUAGUAGUAGUCCAUCUAGAGAAAAGAAGCUUAGGAGGCCAUCCUCCAAUGAAGAAACUUCUCUCGCAGAUGACCAUAAGUGGAGCCAAAAUGGUGCUCAUUUUGGUGAUAGCUCACAGAAUAGUCAGAACUCAGAAGUGAAUGACCAAGAGUUAGCUGAGACUUUCAAAGAUGAAGCCAUUAAUAGAAUGAAAUUAGACAUGGAGGAGAAGAGGUUCUGUUAUAUUCCACCGAGGGUGAACCUCAAAAGAUUUGACUACCUCCACUAUGUGAGGAAGCAGGAUGAAGGUGCCUACACUUACGUUUCACAUGCUGACUACUACAUACUGCUUCGUGCUUGCUCUAGAGUUGCCCAAGUCGAAACUCGGUGUAUGCACAUUGGGGUGUUGAGCUUUGAGAGGAGACUGGCUUGGUUGGAGAAGAGAAUCGACCACUGCUUACACUUGACUCCUAUUGUAUCAUGUGAUUAUUGUACUGACAUGGUUCCUGAGAACACUACUGAUGCAGAAACUAUUGUUGAGGAAUCGAUUGGACUUUCAAAUUUGAAUAUAUGAGUUUAUUUAUUUUUUUCCUUCU